UAAGACACCCCUCUGACUCCGACUCUACUCAUCCAACGGGAACCUCUUCCGUACACGUCUUCUCCCCAAACGCUCUCCUUUCCGGCGACGGCGACGGGGACGGCGAGAAUGAUGAGGAGGAGUUAUUGGUGAUUGUAAUUGUUGUUCCGUAAUUGCCUUGGAAGAAAGAAGAAGAAGAAGAUGAUUCUGUCGGUUCUGCGUUUCGUUUUCAUUAUUCUCGCUGGAAUCUCUUCCCGAGCUCAUCGCGGCCUCAGCUGCAACCCUAGUGAUUUGGAUUCGCUGAAGAAAUUCGUCGCGCAACUUAAUUCAGGUGUGGAUAGAUGGAAUUUCGAAUCGAUUCCGCCGAAUUGCUGCGGUUGGAGUGGCGUCACUUGCGAGAAUCCGUCCACCCGCGCCUCGAAUGGCUCCAUUGAUUCAUCUCUUAGGGUUGUCAAAUUGGAGCUAGGCAGGAAACGCCUCGUCGGAACUGUGGCUGAAUCGUUAGGCAAUCUGGAUCGCCUCAGGACCUUGAAUUUGUCGUGGAAUUCUCUGAAAGGCUCCAUUCCGCAGGCGCUUCUGCUUUUGCCGAACUUAGAAACCCUAGAUUUGAGCCAUAACGCCAUUUCUGGAACCUUCCCCAACUCCAUAUCCCUGCCUUCGUUGCAGGAGCUUGAUGUUUCUAGAAACUUCAUCUCUGGCGGUUUGCCUGAUGACCUGUUUAGGUUGCAGAGCUUGAAGAAAUUAAAUCUCAAUGAGAAUCUGUUCUCCGGACAGCUCAGUGAUCAAAUCGGUAACCUCUCUAAUCUUGUUCAUUUAGGUUUAUCAUCGAAUGGAUUUUCAGGAAAACUUCCUGACGUGUUCGAUAGAUUUAUGCACUUGGAGUAUUUCUCUGCUCAAUCGAAUCAAUUCAGUGGCGAAUUACCCAAAUCUCUGUCGAAUUCGGCUAGCAUUAUUUUUCUUAACCUGAGAAACAAUUCCUUGACUGGCGCCAUUGAUCUCAACUGCUCUGCAAUGGUUAAUCUCAAUUCGAUCAACUUGGCGACGAAUAAUUUCCAUGGCGAGAUUCCUGAGAACCUCCCAACCUGUAAAAACUUGAGAGCUGUAAAUUUCGCAAGGAUCAAUUUCCAUGGUAAGAUCCCUGCUAGUUUCAGGAAUUUUCACAGCCUUAUUCACUUAUCUCUCUCAGAUUCCAAUGUCUCCGACCUUGCGACGGCUCUGGACAUUCUUCAGUACUGCAGAAGCUUGAAAACUUUAGUUCUUACGGGGAACUUUAAUGGCGAAGAAAUGCCUAAUCAUCUUGAUCUUCACUUUGUUGAACUCAAAGUCCUUAUUGUCGCUGAUUGCAAACUCACCGGUUACAUUCCCCAGUGGUUGAAUCAGUGCAGGAACUUGCAGCUGUUGGAUUUGUCGUGGAAUCGGCUAGAAGGCUCGAUCCCAACGUACAUUGGCGAUCUCCGAUCUCUGUUUUAUUUGGAUCUAUCGAAGAACUCCCUUACCGGGGAGAUUCCUAAGGAGCUUACCGGAAUGCAGAGCCUCAUCAACGGUAGCGUCCUGAAGGAUGUAUCGAAUCCCGAUUUCCCUCUCUAUUCGAGGAGGAAUCGACAGGGUUACAAGUAUAAACAGAUUGGGGGUUUUCCUUCCACGUUGAGUCUUGGCAACAAUUUGCUGAUGGGAGAGAUCUGGCCGGAGUUUGGUAAUCUAAAGAAGCUUCAUGUUUUGGACCUCAAAUGCAACAAUCUGUUCGGAUCGAUUCCUGGCAGUUUAUCGGAGAUGAGGAGUUUGGAAACUUUGGACUUGUCGUUCAAUAACUUGACGGGAAUGAUACCGUCUUCGUUGAGUAUACUCAGCUUUCUGUCGACUUUCAGCGUCGCGCACAAUCAUCUCUCAGGCCGGAUCCCGACUGGAGGUCAGUUCCUAACAUUUAACAACUCGAGCUUCGAUGGAAACUCCGGUCUCUGUGGAACUCAUUCUUCUCCUUGUCCUGAUAGCAUCCUUUCACCUUUGCUUGAUCACUCGAGAAAACCGAGAGCUGCUGAUAAUAUGGUUUCGAUUGCAAUGGGCGUCGGCAUUGGUCUUGGAUUCAUGUUACUUCUGGUAUUCUUUGUAUGUUUAGUCGUUCUUCGAUUCUCUUGGACGAAGGCCGUCGAUCCUAUCAAUUCAGCGAGGAUCGAGCCUCGCUCCUACUCGGAGGUAGUUACCCUUUGUCGGAGCGACGACAGCAGUUCGAUGAUCCUCGUCGACGACCUUGUGAAGGCGACGAACAAUUUCGACUCGUCUAACAUUAUCGGCUGCGGCGGAUUUGGUCUCGUCUACAAGGCUGAAUUCUCCGACGGAAGGAAGGUAGCUAUAAAACGGCUUUACGGCGACGACUUGCUAAUGGAUAGGGAAUUCGAAGCUGAAGUCGAUAGCUUGUCAAGAGCUCGGCAUCCGAAUCUUGUCUGGCUUCAAGGCUACUGCAGGUACAAGAACGACAAGCUGUUAAUAUACCCGUACAUGGAGAACGGCAGCCUCGACUACUGGCUACAUGAAAAGAGCGACGGGCCAUCAUCGUUGGAUUGGGAGAAACGGCUGCGAAUCGCGCAGGGUGCAGCCAGAGGGCUGGCUUACCUGCACGAAUCCUGCGAGCCGCGCAUCAUCCACCGCGACAUCAAGUCGAGCAACAUCCUUCUCGACGGGGAGUUCAAACCUCACUUGGCUGAUUUCGGGCUCGCUCGGCUGAUUCUCCCGUACGAGACGCAUGUCACGACGGACCUCGUCGGGACGUUGGGGUACAUCCCUCCCGAAUAUGGUCAGGCAUCGGUGGCGACGUAUAAAGGCGACGUGUACAGUUUCGGGGUUGUUCUUUUGGAGCUUUUGACGGGGAAGAGACCGAUGGAUGUGUGCGGACCGAAAGAAUCCCGGCAAUUGGUGUCGUGGGUAAUCGAGAUGAUGGAGGAGGGAAGGGAAGCCGACGUGUUCGAUCCGCUGAUCUACGGGGCAAUCCAUGCCGGGAGAAAGGCUACGGUGCUCGGGAUUGCUUCUAUCUGCCUCGACGAGUCCCCGAGACUACGGCCCAACGCGCAGCAGUUGGCGUCGCUGCUAGACAACGUUGAAUCGACGUCUUCCGGCCCGUCGGAGGAAGAUGGGUUUUCUUAAUAGAUCAAGAACGAGUCGAGCUCUGGACAGUGUCCGACCAUCUCCCCGGCGAGUGAUCGCUGCUGUUCGACGACAAAUGCGCCUCCGCCCGAGCUUCCCGGAUCAUCCUCACCACCUCCUUCAUCGCCGGCCGGCUAUCCGCCCCCACUGCCACACAUGCCAUGGCGAUGUUCAGCAGCGCCGCCAGCUUCUCCUCCGACGCAGACACCUCGUCGCCAGAUUCCGUUUCCUCCUCCCUCACCGAUCGCACCCACGCCGGGAUGUUGGCGCCGUGCUCUUGAACAAGAUCCUGGAACGGCGUCUUCCCCGUCAGGAGCUCCAGGAGCAGCACGCCGUAGCUGUAGACAUCCGCCGGUUGGGACAACGGUCUCCGAGGGUCACGGCACUCCGGCGCCCGGUAGAAGAGGGACGACGCGCUCGAUUCCUCAUUCGACUCGGGGUUCCUGAAGGCAGUCAGCCCGUAGUCGGUCAGGCACGACUCGAAGUCAGAUCCUAAUAGGAUGUUGGUCGAUUUUAAGUUCCCGUGCGUCAAGCCCGGGUUCUGAUGGAUGUAGAGGAGACCAGUGGCGACAUCCUCGGCUAUUUUGAGACACGACGUCCAAUGGAGCGGCUUUGAUCCGCCGGCUGCUCGGGAACCUGCACAUUGAAACCACAACAGAGCUCAGGCAACACGCCUUAUCGAUCUCUAACAAGACAUCGAUGACAAAAUGUACCAUGUAUGAGCGAAAAGAGGCUGCCGUUGGGGAAAUAAUCGUAGACGAGCAAACGCUCCUCCUUGGCCUGAAAAUACGCCCGGAGAGGCACCAAAUUCGGGUGGCGCAAUCGACCGAGGAUCUCAAUGUGUCGUCUAAACUCCUCCAUCGAAGGAUACCGGGCGUCCUUAAGCCGCUUGACUGUGACAAUGUAUCCCGACUCCAUCACGGCCUUGUAUGUGCUGCCGAUAGUCCCCCGGCCGAGCGUCUCGGCGGAGGCUUUUAAAAGAUCCUCGAGGCUAUAAUUCAUCUGCUGAUCACCGGGGCCGAGGAACGUCAAGCUCCCGAGCCCUUCAGCGCCUUGAUCCCACGAAAAUCCGCCGUGCUUGUCGCCGCUGUGAUCGCCCCGGCGGGCGCUAGCAGCACCACCGCCGCUGCCGCCGCCAGGUGUGCCGCCGUCCUCCGCCCCUCCCGCCACCACUUUGCUACCGUUCUCCUUACCAUUGCUCUUCUUCCUCAUACAAACCAUCCAAACGAUCACCAGCACACACAGCGCCACCAAUCCGGCGGCGCAGAGAACGCUUAUUAAUAUAAUUCGCCGGCGGUGACGGCUGCUGUUUUUAGGCAUAAUUGGGUACGAUGGGGAGGCGGACGGGGCAA